UAGAGAAGCGUAUUUGAGAAAGCGAAAAAGGAAUACUAAGGAAAGAGGAAACAAAUGGAAUCAGUACCUGUUAAUUGGGAAACUCUGGAUUCUCUGGUUAUCGAGUUUGCUAAAUCUGAGAACUUGCUUGAAGAUUUAGAUUCUUCUUCUCCUUCCUCUCAAUCAUCUCCUCCUUCGUCGUCUUAUCGCUCUCGUUUGCUUAUCCAUCAGAUCCGACGAUCACUAGAAAUCGGUGACGUCGAUGCUGCCAUCGAGCUUCUUCGUAUCCAUGCUCCAUUCAUCUUGGAUGAUCAUCGACUUCUCUUCCGAUUACAAAAGCAGAAAUUUAUUGAGCUUCUAAGGAAAGGGACAGCAAAAGAUCGUGAUUCUGCCAUUGAAUGCUUGCGGAAAGCUCUUGCCCCUUGCGCUCUUGAUGCUUACCCGGAAGCAUAUGAGGAGUUUAAACAUGUUCUUCUUGCAUUAAUAUUUGACAAGGAUGAUCAAACCUCUCCUGUGGCACAUGAGUGGUCUGAAAGGAGGAGGAUUGAUAUUGCGGGAUUGUUAUCCUCUUUUUUAAGAGCAAACCUACAAGCUUAUGACCCGAUCUUCUCUAUGACCUUGAGAUACCUGAUAAGUAUACAUAAAGGAUUUUGCUUUCGUCAGGGCAUUUCAUCACCCAUUUCAGAUCUUACUGAGAGGUUGCUCCUUGAGGAACGUGACCCUCCAGCAACAUCCCAGGAGAGCCUGUAUGAAGCACCUCCAUUUGAUGAGGUUGAUAUUCAAGCCCUUGCACAUGCUGUGGAGCUUACAAGACAAGGUGCAGUUGAUAGCUUGCGCUUUGCUAAAGGCGAUUUGUACCAGGCAUUUCAGAAUGAGUUGUGCCGAAUGAAACUGGAUGUUGCAAUGCUUGAUGAGCUUGUUCACGAGUACUGUGUCUAUAGAGGGAUUGUGGACUGUGGUCUGGCAUCACCAUCUGCAUCGGAUAUGCAAACCCUAGGUAAACCUCAAAAGAUGUAUCAACCAGAUCCUGUGCUUAGCUCCCCUCAAGAUUCUGUUUCGAUCAACAUGGAUUAUCAAACCAGGAAUCAGUCUGAUGCUGAAACAUUCAUUAUUAGAUCUGAAACGAGUGGUUCUCAAGAAGUCAAUGGUGGAACUAUGAGGACAGAUGGGACUGACGCUGAGCUGCGAUACACAGAUGAGACAACAAGUAAUCAUGAAGACUGCAGCACUAGUGGGGCACAUCAGUCCAAAGUGAGUAGAGGGUUUCAAAGGAGUAGAAGUUAUGCAACUGGAGAAAGGAGCAGACGCAAGCGUUGGAGAGGAAGAGUUGAAGAGCUUGAAAUUAUCUCUGAUGAUCCUUCUAUAGUAAGUGGUAACAAGAUGCUUUUCACGUUUGCUCAGACUGCCAGCACAAGUGGAUUGGAGGAACAACAGGCUUCGAUGAAUCAUUCUGCGCUUGAGCUUUGCAACAAGAGAAAGGAUCAUAAAUAUGAGAUUGUGCUGGACAUAAAGGAAUUAGCUACUAAAGGAAUGGCUGCUGAGGUUGUGGAAGAAGUAAAAGCAUUUGACCCAAAUUUUUUUGUGCAAAAUCCUAUUCUUUUAUUCCAACUUAAGCAGGUUGAAUUUCUUAAACUGGUCAAGAGUGGUGAUCAAUCUAAUGCACUUAGGGUUGCCUGCUCUUAUUUGGGUCCUUUGGCAGCAAGUGAUCCAACUUUGCUGAAGCCUUUGAAGGAGACUUUAUUGGCUUUGCUUAAACCUAAUGAAGAUGCUCUAACAAAAGGCGGACCCCUGUCUGUUCUUGCAACGUCACUCCAAGCUGCAAUGGGUCGGAGGCUUGGCAUUGAAGAACCACAACUAAUGAAGCUAGUAAGAGCAACACUUCAUACUCAUAAUGAGUGGUUCAGACUCCAAAUGUGUAAAGACCGCUUUGAAGGACUUCUAAAGAUUGACUCUUUUAAAGAAAUCAAUACUCCUUUACUUACCAAUGCAACCUCAAAGACAAAUGCAGAUACUUGCACGAAUGAGUCUUCCCAAGUUACUCUCUCCUCAACCGGAAGGAUGCCUGAAGAUGGUGGGAGCCCAAAUCAAGUGUCAUGUAGAGAUGUCAUCUGUGAUGAAAAUGCAAUACUCAAAGUGAUGGAAUUUCUUGCUUUGCCGAGGGCUGAUGCGAUCAGUCUUCUAGCGCAAUACAAUGGAAAUGCUGAGGCUGUCAUACAACAAAUAUUUGGAUAAUACAUCAUUGGCAACAACUGUACUCUAAUUACACCAGUUUUUCAUUAUUUUCAUUGGAAAUUUAUUUUAUUCAGCUUGUGUCAAAGCCAUCAUCUCAUGUAUAUAUGGCUCGUGGAGCAGUGGAAUUAGUAUCAUCUGCUUCUGAUAGCCUCCACCUUGUACAAUUCCUUCUAUCUACAAUAUUAAUUUUUUUUAACCGGAUAAUAAAACUAACAGAAGGUAUUGGAUUGAUUCUAGUCUUUUAUUUAGUUAAUAAAAUGGGAUUGAUUGCUUUUACUUCUCA